AUGUCUGGUCUUCCUCCUGUCUACAUCGUCUCCGUGGCGAGGACACCCGUUGGGUCGUUCCUUGGACAACUGUCGAGCCUCAGCGCCACCCAGCUUGCUGCCGUCGAGCGAGUCCCCCAGAUCAAGCCCGAGGAUGUCGAGGAAGUCUUCUUUGGCAAUGUGCUGUCAGCAAACCUCGGACAAGCACCCGCCCGACAAUGCGCGAUCGGCGCCGGCCUCCCUAACACGGUCGUCUGCACGGGCGUGAACAAGGUGUGCGCGUCGGGCCUCAAGGCCAUCAUCCUGGGCGCGCAGACCAUCAUAACGGGCAACGCCUCGAUCGUGGUGGCGGGCGGCACCGAGUCCAUGUCCAACACGCCGCACUACCUGCCGUCGCUACGAAACGGCGCCAAGUACGGCGACCAGAUCAUGGUGGACGGCGUGCUCAAGGACGGCCUGACCGACGCCUACAAGAAGGAGCACAUGGGCCUGGCGGGCGAGCUGUGCGCCGACGACCACGGCGUGUCGCGCGAGCAGCAGGACGCCUACGCCAUCGAGACGUACACGCGCGCGCAAAAGGCCACUGCCGACGGCGUCUUCGCCAAGGAGAUCACCCCCGUCGAGGUCAGCGGCGGCCGCGGCAAGCCCGCCGUCAAGAUCACGACCGACGAGGAGGUCAAGAACCUCAACCCCGACAAGCUGAAGACGGUGCGGCCCGUCUUCAAGGCGCAGGGCGGCACCGUGACGGCCGCCAACGCGGCGCCCCUCAACGACGGCGCCGCCGCCGUCGUGCUCAUGUCCGAGGCCAAGGUCAAGGAGCUGGGCGUGACGCCCAUCGCCAAGAUCCGCGGCUGGGGCGACGCCGCGCGCGAGCCCGAGCGCUUCACCACGGCGCCCGCGCUGGCCAUCCCCAAGGCCAUCAAGCACGCCGGCCUGUCCGACUCGGACGUCGAGUUCUACGAGAUCAACGAGGCCUUCUCCGUCGUCGCCAUCGCCAACAUGAAGAUCCUCGACCUGCCCAGCGAAAAGGUCAACGUCUUUGGCGGCUCCGUCGCGAUCGGCCACCCGCUCGGCUGCUCGGGCGCCCGCAUCGUCGCCACCCUGACCACCGUGCUGCGCGAGAAGAAGGCCAAGAUUGGCUGCGCCGGUAUCUGCAACGGCGGCGGCGGCGCCAGCGCCAUCGUCAUCGAGAGCCUCGAGUAA